GGUUUGCCUCGCUUGAAGCUCACCGCAGGUCAUUGGCUUGAAGCAUCCAGACGGAAACGGAAGUAGACUAACAUCUUGGGAAGAUGAGUUCCACUAGUGUGGAAGUCCCGCAAGCAGAGCCAGAGAAGAAAGCAGCCGAGGAAGAGAACGCGCCAAAAUCUCGGUUUCGUCCGUUUUCUUGGCUGUCAAAAGCUAGUUCGUUUAUUAACAUGCCCUGCACCUGUAAUCGAAGCAACUGGAGGCGAUGGAUCCGACCCCUGCUCGUACUUAUUUAUGUACUUUCCAUCCUGAUCUCGGUUCCGUUGUGUAUUUGGGAACUUCAAAAACUGAAGGUUGGCAUACACACUAAAGCAUGGUUCAUUGCCGGUAUAUUUCUGCUGUUGACCAUACCUGUCUCCCUCUGGGGGAUUCUGCAACACUUGGUGCACUACACACAGCCUGAACUGCAAAAACCUAUAAUAAGAAUUCUUUGGAUGGUCCCGAUAUACAGUUUGGAUUGUUGGCUGGCUUUGACAUAUCCCAAAAUUGCCAUAUACGUGGAUACCUGGAGGGAGUGUUAUGAAGCUUACGUCAUCUAUAACUUUAUGAUAUUUCUUAACAACUACCUAACCAUCAGGUUCCCAAACGUGAUGCUACACCUGGAAGCCAAAGAUCAACAACAACACCUCCCUCCGCUGUGCUGCUGCCCACCAUGGGCCAUGGGAGAAAUGCUACUCUUUCGAUGCAAACUAGGAGUAUUGCAGUACACUGUGAUUAGACCCAUCACCACUGUUACAGCAUUGGUUUGUGAGAUUGUUGGUGUCUACGAUGAAGGGAACUUUAGUUUCUCCAACGCUUGGACUUACUUGGUUAUAAUAAAUAAUUUGUCACAACUGUUUGCCAUGUACUGCCUCCUGCUGUUUUACAAAGUGCUAAAGGAGGAGCUCAGCCCUAUACAACCUGUUGGCAAAUUUCUUUGUGUCAAACUCGUAGUCUUUGUCUCGUUCUGGCAAGCAGUACUUAUAGCUCUGUUGGUCAAGGUUGGCGUUAUUUCAGAAAAGCGUACAUGGGAAUGGCAAAGUGCGGAAACUGUGGCCACGGGCCUGCAGGAUUUCAUCAUCUGCAUCGAAAUGUUCUUUGCGGCCAUCGCCCAUCACUACUCCUUCUCCUAUAAGCCCUACGUGCAGGAGGCUGAGGAAGGCUCGUGCUUUGACUCUUUCCUCGCUAUGUGGGAUGUGUCAGACAUCAGAGACGACAUUUCUGAACAAGUCAGACGCGUUGGGAGGACAAUGCGAGGUUAUCCGAAAAAAAAACGUUUUCCUGAAGACCCAGAGCACACUGAACAUACAAGCCUGCUUUCUUCAACCUCACCAGAUGCAGCUUCUUCAGGUUCAAAGCCGUCUUCCCCCCUGGGCCAGUAUCAGGGCUUUGGACACACGAUUACCCCACAGAAUGUGGCUGCUGCAUCCAAGUUCUGUGACGACAUCACGAUUGAUGUCCCAGAGGAGCAGGAGCCUUUUGAUGUAGACCAAUAUGACGACGACGACUCGGAAGACACAGUUACAUCACAGGACACAUUUCCUAUAAUCAAAUGUGAAGACACAGUUACUUCACAGGAUUCACCUACAGCAAAGCUAUGUGAAGAUGUCAUAACUGACAUCCCAGAAGGGCAGGAGCCCCCUGAUAAAUCAAUGAAUUAUUAAAGUUGCCACAGUCCUCUUUGUAUAUAGUCUACAAUGCUGGAGAAUUUCAGAGAUAGGCAAAAACCAGAUAUAACUACUAUAUAUAAUAUACACACACAUAUAAUACACACAUUAGUAUAUAUAUAUUUGUAUAUGUUUUAUAUAUUACAAAUAACAUUUAAAUUUCCUAGCCUUUGGCUUUCUUAAACUGUUAUAGUAUCAUAAAUUCAAACAGUAACAACUUCAGCUAAACACUCUUGUAUUUCUCAAGAGGAUGGAUAUUUGAAAAAAAAUCAAUGCUUCUUACCACUGCAUGAAUGUAAUGCUCUGAACUGAAAAUGAAAAUGUACAUAUAAAUUCAAAUUAAUUUAAUUUAAUCAUAAUCAUGUGCCAUUUAAGUUUACAUAAUUAUACUUAAAUUACAUGUCUUUCAAUAAAUGCAAAGCCAUUUUCUGAAA